AUGACUAAUCUGAAGUGUCUCAAUUUGUCAUAUUGCUUAGGGAUGCUAGAGCUCCCCUUGUCACUAGGUGAUCUUAAUCUCCAAAUAUUGGACAUUUCUGCUGGUGCUCUCGGUCACUUGCCAGAUAGCAUCAGUAAAAUGGCUAGUCUCACCCAAUUUGUGGUCACGUCAGGACAUCCUAGGGUAUUUGGAGAAGCCCAGGAAAUUAAGAAGAGUCUAAAUUUACCAGGCCGCACAGUACACAGAGUACGCAACACAGGAAGAUACAACAGUAUUGUUGAGCUUGGACAUGUGAAUUGCCCUGAGCUGUUAAUUCGAUCGCUUCAGCGUGUCAAGAGACCGGAAGAUGCAGAGACAAUCAAGCUGCGUGAUAAAUCAUGUCUUAGACAGCUAGCUCUCCAUUGGAAUCAGAAGAAUAUGAAUGCUGAUGCAUCCUCGGCUGAAUCUAUUUUGGAGAGGCUCAUACCAGCUCGAAAUCUUGAACAGUUUAUGAUACAAGGGUAUAUGAGCAAGGGUUUCCCUAACUGGAUGUCGCACAUAUCCUCCCACCUCCCUUCUGUUACCUAUCUGAGUCUUUUUGAUUUAGGUGCAUGUGAUAAUCUUCCUCCAUUUGGGCAGCUACCAAAUUUAAGAAGUCUAUAUCUGCAGAAAAUUCCCAACGUCACGAAAAUUGGCAAGGAAUUCUAUGGAGAGGGUGGAACUUGUACGAAAUUAAGAUUGCUACAGUUGAAGUCGAUGGACAAUUUGGUGGAAUGGUGGACAACACAGACAGGCGAAGAAGAUGGAGAAUUUUUAAUCCCUAAUUUGCAUAAUCUAGAGUUGAAGGACUGCCCAAAGUUGAAGUUCCUACCAUAUCCCCCCAGAAGUAUGUUUUGGAUCUUGGACAAUAGCAACGAGGCUUUGGCAGGACCAAGACUUGGAUUUUGGGAACUCUCGUCUUCCACUCUUCCUUGUCGCAUGGGUAUAAAAAAUUGCAUCUUUCGUUCUUCCGAGUGGUGCAUACUACAGCAAUUCCCCGCUCUCGAAGAAUUCUCAUUGACCUCCUGCCGCGGCUUGAGGGCCUUGCCAGAGGCCAUUAGCUGCUUCACCUCUCUCAAAAAACUAAGUUUGAUGUCGUUGGAGGACCUUGAGAUGCUGCCGGAUUGGUUGGGAUAUCUCCCUUCUCUACAAGUCUUGGGCAUAAAAGAUUGUCGCAAUUUAAGAAUAUUGCCUGCAAGUAUGGGAAAUCUCACUGCUCUGAGAGUACUAAUGCUUCUCGAGUGCGAAGGACUAUAUAGAUUGCCGGAAUGGCUAGGACAGUUCAGUUCCCUGCGAGAACUUCACAUCAGAGACUGUCUCGACAUCACAUUUUUGCCUGAAAGCAUAAGAAACCUUACUGCCCUGGAGGAAUUGUACAUUUCUGGAUGUUCAAGUCUGGUCCAUAGGUCCCGAAGGGAGGAUGCAUGUAAGGUUUCUCACACCCGUAAAGUAAUAUUAGAGCCAGAGGAAGAACCAAAUGAAGAAGGACAAGAAGAAUUAUUAGCGCAAGAAGAAGGACAAGAAGAAUUAGAGACAGGAUGUUAG